AUGAGUAGACGACUCAAUCUACCCUACACUACUCAAGAUUUAUUCCCGCAGGCUGCUGGCAUGGGAAGUUCAAAGCUUACUAGUCAAGGUUCGGUAACGGGAGGGUCGUUUAUAUCAACAGCUUCUUCAACAUUAAGCAGUCAUGCUGGAAAUAAGCAAGCUACACAGUCUAAGCUUCAGAAUUUCAGGCGAAUGCUUAAAAGGUUAUUUAAGCCUUCAACGCUUGAUUUUGAGACGGCGAUCUGGGAGAUAUUUAAUUUGAUUAUAAACCCGAAGAAAAUGUAUCGUUCACAUUAUUAUUAUAAGCAACAACAGCAAGGUGGUAAAUCGAGUUAUGCAAGGGACGACCCUUCAUUUUUGAUAUUAUUGACAGUGUUUUUAUCAAUAAGUGCAGUUGCAUGGGGACUCGCCUAUUCACCACAUUUUUGGGAUAUAUUUAAACUUAUCAUUUAUAUGGUAUUCAUUGAUUUCUACUUAACUGGAGUUAUCAUUGCGACAAUAUUUUGGUUAUUUACUAAUAGAGUUCUCAACGGAAGGUCUAGUUCUAUGAGCUCCUAUAGCAUUAAUUACGUUGAAUGGAGUUUUUGUUUUGACAUUCAUUGCAAUUCAUUCUUAAUUAUUUGGUGCUUAUUAUAUUUGGUACAAUUUUUAUUGUUACCAUUAUUAACUAACAAAAAAUCUUUCUUAUCUUUGUUUCUUGGUAACUCGUUAUAUUUUGGAGCUAUAGCAUACUAUUUCAUAAUCACAUUUUAUGGAUUCAACUCAUUGCCACUUAUUGGCCAAGGAACAACACCAAGCAGUAAAGGCUCUGGGACUUUACUACAACUAAUUAUAAUUGUUGGUAUUCUCCCCCUUCUAGCACUAGCCUGGAUUGUGAGCAUUUGCUUUAGGUUUAACGUUGCAUACACUAUGGUCGAUACUUAUUUCAACUAA